ACAAAACCCUGAAAAACGCCCUCCUACCACAAAACCCUGAAAAAUGGAGGACACUCCCAUGCACGAGGCAGAGACCCACAAAGAUAUCGAGGUGGCUCCGGCGCUAAUCGCGGUUCACCCGACCCAGGAUUCCGUCGCUGUAUCCGUCGGGUCCGACCUCCGCGUCUUUGACCUUCGUGGGGGUAGUGAGCUUUCUCUGCUGGAUGAUUCCUCUGGGCAAUUUCACAAGGAUUCCAUAAGAGCUAUUCACUAUGGUGCAAAUGGUAAGCUCUUUGUAUCUGCAGGUGAUGAUAAACUUGUCAAGAUAUGGUGCACGGAGUCUUGGCAUUGCAUUUAUACUGUGUCCUCUGAGAAAAGAGUGAGCGCAGUUGCUCUGAGCAAUGAUGGUUUGUAUGUCUGUUUUGCUGACAAAUUUGGUGUUGUUUGGGUUGUGGACCUGGAAGGCUUUGAUGGAAAUCAAGCUUUAGUCAAUAAGAAGGCUGGACCAAUACUUGCUCACUACUGUAGCAUCAUCACUAGCCUGGAAUUUUCACCUGAUGGGAGGUUUAUUGUCAGUGCUGACCGGGAUUUCAAAAUUCGUGUUACUGUGUUUCCCAAGAAGCCUUUAGAUGGAGCUCAUGAGAUACAAAGCUUUUGCCUUGGUCAUACUGAAUUUGUUUCCUGCCUUGCUUUUGUUUCUAGUUCAGACUACCCCCAGGGGUUUCUUGUCUCUGGAAGUGGUGAUUCAACCGUUCGCUUAUGGAAUGUUUCCUCUGGAUCUCUUCUCCAUACUUGUGAAGUUGAUGUGCAGGCAGGGCUUUUGGAGUCUAAUGGAAGAGGAGAGGAGUCCAAUUCUGCUGUUACCGAUCUUUGCACUAUCCCAGAUGGUACGAUGAUAGCAGUGGCCAUUCAAAGCUUGCAAGGAGUAGUACUGUUGACCUGUGACCUUUCUGCUCGAACUCUUUCAGUUGCAAAGGUGGUUUCAAUCAUGGGGGAGACCUUCAUUCCUACAAGCCUAAGAGCUAGCACUUCUGCGGGAUUAUUGUGGGUGGUGGCAGGUGUCUCUAACUUGCCAGGUUUCGAUCGCCCUUCAUUUGUCCGCGUGAGGGUUAUCUCGGGCUUUAGGAAAAGCAAUUUCUACUCUUCAGAGAAAGAACCAACCCUCUUGGAAGAUAAUGAAAUUCCUGGUGGAGAUAAAUUGAUCCAAAAGUUGCAGGGAAGUGUGGCAGUUGAUGAAAAGGUUUUACAGGCAGCUGCUGAAGCCGUGAAAGUAGCAAUGAGCAAUCUAUUAGUGAAAAAACAAUACACUGCAGAGAAGCGGGAAUUUAGAAAGAGAAUGAGAAAUGACAGAAAAACCAAACAGUAAAUGAGUUUCUGGCGAUAGCAACAGCUCUUUUAAACCUGAUUUUUGGAGAAACUGAGUUUGAUCUAUGUUGUCGUUCUUUUAGGGAUUUGUCGUCAUAGUUGUUUAUUUUGUUUCUACGAAGAAAAGCAACUUAAAGAGGGUGCAGGCAUUAUAUUUCUUACGAAGGCAGCACCCAACCUUCCAUUUUUUAUAAGAAUGUUAUGCAUCAGUUGUUAUU